CCUCCCGCUGUCCCACUGGGAAGAUGGUCCUUCCUCCUUGCCCAGCUCUUAGGGUUUGCCCCGUACAGGACACUUUUGGGGGCUGCAAGCUGUCCCCAGAGUCUUCGGGAAGUCACCCCGUGGUCUGAGGCUCUCCAUCUGGCACCCCGCCCCAGACAGGACCGCGUGAGCCUAGUGGAAGGCGGGGACCCCACGGGUCUGGCCCUGCACAACAGCCAACAGACAGUUACACAGGAAAUUUCAUAACGGGUUUCCUCUUACCUUUGCAGAGUCCCAACCGUGGCCACGGGCAGCUUGGAGGUGGACCUUCAAGAAUUUGCAUCUGGCAACAGCACAGCCAUCUCCUGCCAUGCCCCACUCGACCACACUCCAGAGACACGGAAGGGCCGGGGUGACAACUGCCAUUUGCUGACACGGGCAGACGCGGAGGCCCGGCACAUGCCAGGGCUUCUGCAAAAUACGCCGACUUCCUGAGACCCUCUGGGAGGCGCCGUGCAGUUGGCCUUGUGACCCCAUCGGUGCAGCCUGCUCUGGGUGCGUCCCUGAGCCCCCGCGUGCGCCCGCCGCCAUGGACAUGAACCUGACGCAGCCGGACAACGCCACCAUCCUGAUGCUACGGGACCCGGCCAUCGCCGUGGCGCUUCCCGUGGUGUACUCGCUGGUGGCCCUCGUCAGCAUCCCCGGCAACCUCUUCUCGCUGUGGGUCCUGUGCCGGCACAUCGGGCCCAAGUCGCCGUCGGUCAUCUUCAUGAUCAACUUGAGCGUGACGGACCUGAUGUCGGCCAGCGUGCUGCCCUUCCAGAUCUACUACCACUGCAUCGGCAACCACUGGGUGUUCGGCGAGCUGCUGUGCAACGCCGUCACCGUGGCCUUCUACGCCAACAUGUACUCCUCCAUCCUCACCAUGACCUGCAUCAGCGUCGAGCGCUUCCUGGGCGUCGUGUACCCGCUGGCCUCCGCGCCCUGGCGCCGGCGCCGCUACGCGGUGGCCGCCUGCGCCGGCAUGUGGCUCGUGCUGCUGGCAGCCCUGUCGCCGCUGGCCCGCACGGACCUCACCUACACCGUGGAGGCGCUGGGCAUCGUCACCUGCUUCGACGUGCUCAAGUCCACCAUGCUGCCCAGCGUGGCCACCUGGGCCGUCUUCCUCUUCACCCUGUUCACGCUCCUCUUCCUCAUCCCGUUCGUGGUCACGGUGGCCUGCUACACGGCCACCAUCCUCAAGUUGCUGCGGACGUCCGACCCGCACGGCCAGGGACAGAGGCGGCGCGCCGUGGGCCUGGCCGCCGUGGUGCUCCUGGCCUUCGUCACCUGCUUCGCGCCGAACAACUUCGUGCUCCUGGUGCACAUGAUCAGCCGCCUCUUCUACGGCAAGAGCUAUUAUCAUGUGUACAAACUCACCCUGUGCCUCAGCUGCAUCAACAGCUGCCUGGACCCCUUCGUGUACUAUUUUGCAUCCCGCGAGUUUCAGCUGCGGCUCCGGGACUACCUGGGCUACGGGCCGCUGCCAGUGGGCAGCCCGGACACACGCAGGGACAGCCUGUUCUCUGCCCGCACGCUGUCCGCGCGCUCCAUGUCCAGCUGCCACGCCGAUGAGCUCGAGGCUGGUCGGUCCUGCCUCAAGAGACAGGAGAGCGUGUUCUGAGCACAGCUGCCAGGCACAGCCGGAAGACAGCAGGGACGUGACUGCUUCCAUCUCACCCUCCCACCACUGCCAGGGGGUGCGGCUGGGUCUUCCGGGAGAUGGUGGAGCGUGCUGGGCACGCGUGUUCCCGUUCCCCGAGGAUGGCAGCCGGGCCCGCCCCUGGCUGAGGGCGAGCGAGGGUGCAGCCAGCCGUCAGUGUCCCCCACAGGCCCCGACACCCUGCCCGCCGGCCACCUGCCUCGUUCUCCAAGCCCCCUGCUCAGCAACGGUGCAGCGGCCUGUCAUCUCCCAGCCAGGCAGACCCUGACCUGGUCUUCAUUUCACCCGUGGUCAGCCCGGUGCUGGGAUUCCCCAGACGGCAGUGGACGGGCCCUGGCAGUCCACGUGCUGCAGGGGUUCACACAGCUCCCCCAGGAGCCAACCAGGGGCACCGGCAGUGUCCAGUCGCUCUGCCCUUGAGCGCUUAUGCUCCACUUAAAUGGCACAGCUGCUGCCCCACACAGCGAGGACACCCAGGGGGGUGUGGGACGGGCCCCCAGCCUGGCCUAGGGUCCUGGGUGGACGAGGACCAGCUGCAGCUCCAUAUGGGAAGGACAGUGCCUGCUGCGGCUCCAUGGGCCCCCUGAGGCCCUUUGGGUGCAGCUUGGCCUGGGGUUCCCUGCGGCCCGUUCUCGGGCUUCUGCUCCCAGCCCAGACCCCUGGGCCACUGCACAUUCCCCCAGGCUUUUGCACUCACUGGGGUGCGUCUGGCCUGACUUGCAGGAGUUUCUGGGGACCAGGCACCUCACAGUACCACUGAGCACAUAAGCCAAGAGGUGUGUCAGGAGCUGAGCACCUCUGUGCCCACUGGCUGGGGCCACACAAGGACAGGGCCACCCCCAUCUUUCCCAUGCCCAGAAGACACUGGUGCCAGCCCGAGUGCCCAUCUUGCUUCAGGACAAAGAGGAGCCCCCGUCCCUGAAUGAUCCCCAGACAGUGACUUUCCUGGAGCCAGGGACUUACCUGGAACGGCAAAGUGCCUGGCGCUUUGCUCAGUAGAAGUGGAUGCAGGGUGCUGGGUCCACGGCUUGUCUGGGAGGGGAUAGCCCUAGAGCCCAAGAGACAGGAACUGGGAGAGGCUGUGGGUCAGGGGCUCAGAGGCCUGCAUGCUGGGGGGGCGGUGCUGCAGGGCAGGCAGCCUCCCCACUGUGCAUGGAUAUGCUGACACAGUGAGAGUGGCAGCUGGAAGCCUAAGAGCGGCCUGCUUUGGCCAUUCUUACAUUACAAGGAAAACAGGCUUCACUGUACUGGAGUGAAUAGUGACCCCCCAAAACCACAUCCACCUGGGACCUCCAAAUGUAACCUGGAUUAGGUGGCCCUAAACCCAAUGGCAGGUGUGUUCUUAAGGAACAGAAGAGGAGAGACACAGACAGAGAGGCCAUGUGGAGACAGAGGUAGAGAUUGGAGGGACCUGGCCACAUGCCCAGGGAUGCCUGGAGCCCCCAGAAGCCACAAGAGGCAGGAAGGAGCCUCCCCUGGAGCCUGUGGAGGGAGCAGGCCCUGCCCGGCCUGGAUUUCAGAGCCUCGCCUGGGUCUUGGAGCCCCGCCUGGGUCUCAGGCACCCCAUUUCCAGAGCUGGGGAGGAUGAUUCCUGUGGUUUUUUAUAGUUUGCCCAGUUUGGGGUAAUUUGUGCCCCAGGACACACACACACAUUUAAUCCACUCUGAAAUCGCAAGGCCGUGAUGCCGGCGGAUACAAAGCUGUGGCCCCUGGUGAUGGCAAGAGGACCCCCAUGCCCAGCACCGGCUCCCUGGCAGCCUGGCUUCCUGGAACCCAGACCCUUGGGGUGGAGGCCUCUUGGAAGGACAAAGCAUGCCGACUCCUGCAGGGUCGGCCAUCGGUGAGUCGCACUGUGAACACCAUGCACCGAGUCCCCCCAGGAGUCCUGAUGUCAUGGCAACAGCGGCAUCCAUGGGCACCUAAAGUGUGCAGUGUGCAUGGCACAUGCCCGGACUGUGGUUCUGGAAUGGGCCUGCAAAGUGGAUGUGUCAGGUGCCAUUCUCUUCAGACCCCCAGAGUUGAGGGUUUCCCCUUGCUGGUGUUCCCAGAGAGCCUGAAUCCCACCCAGAACCUUCACCCAUGGGCUCCCCCAUCCUCAAGACCACGUGGCCAGGAGCUGAACACUUGGAAUACAACCCACAUCCUGACAGCCUUCGGGUGGGCCACGGCCCCCCUUCCCACGUGGCUGCUCGGCAGUCUCACAUCCUGCAGCUAGAAUGUCCCCACGGGGACGGCGUCCCAGACAGCUGGUCCUCAACGUGCCUGUGGGGACAGCACGUUAAGAGUCACAAUAGGAAGCUUCUGAGGGGGACCAGGACUCACCCGAGGAGAGAGAGGGGAUGUGGACUUUCAAUGCAAGGAGCAACAUCCCGGGCUGUUCCCAGCCAUCCCAGCGGUGAACCCUAGAAAGCAACGUGGACUGGGCCCCACCCAGGAUCAGAAACCCUGAGCCAGCAACCACCCCGCACCCCGGUCUGGGUGUGGGCCUGGGUGCAUCAGAUGCACAAAAGGUGUGAAAAACCUCAAACCACCGCACAGAGCAUGUCUCGCCACCUGACUGCCGAGGAAGCCUGUCUGCUUUAUGGUGCUGUCGGGGUGUCAGAUCCUACAGAGGACCUGCACGCAGGUGACAGUCUAGCAUUGUGUCACCGGGAUGGCUGGUAUUAACUCCACUUGCCUCUAUUCCGCCAUCACCACGGAGGGCUGCUGACGUUUGCAUUCCCAGCCCCGCAAACUGGGGCCCCUCAUUUCCCUGAGGUUAUUCAGGGUUCCUACAGGAUCCUCCAGUGCUGGGAAUUUCCUUCUCUACAUGGCGACUCUGCAAGCAGGCAACCUGCCCUGGGUGUCUGCCCGCUCGCCUGAAAUUCCAGGGCUGGUCUUCUUCCCCGCUUCUGCUUAUGAUGAUGUGUGUGUGUGUGUUUUCCCAGAAAUGGACUCCGUCUGUUCAACCUGUUCACCGUCAAGGGAAGUUCAACACAUUUUUAUUUACAUGCACAUAAAAAAAGAAAAGAAGGCGUGGUCCUUUGAUUCAGCUCCUGGUAGGAUGUACAGACAGAUGGGGAGGUGGGUCCUCAAGUGCCCAAGGACGGUUCGUGUGCAGGGGCAACAAGGUUCUCUGACUUCUGAGACACCAGUGUUCCCAAGACGAGUCCUGUCUCACAUCUGGACCACGCGUAGCCCUGUGCCGGGCCCCCAGAACCUCAAAGACAAACCUCUCCAGGAUCGGGUUACCCCAAAGCAUACAGCGUGCAGGGAGCAGCGCUGGGCUAGGGGACAUCAUGGAUUUUCCCGGGGGGAUGAUAGCGCUGUGACUUUAUGGAAAAGAGAUCCUAAUGGUUAAACAUAUAUUUGCAAAUUUCAUGGGUUAACGGAUGUGAUGUUUGAGGAUGACUUUAAAAUGCCAGAGCGAACCCAUGCACGGACACCCAUGUGUAUGCCCAUGUGUACACACACGCAUGUGCAUACCUACAAACGCAUGUAUGCAUACACACACACACACACACAUUUCAGGGAACUGGCUGAAAGAAACAUGGCAAAGCGCAGGUUGCUGAUAAACGUCCAAAAAAAUAUGGGCUUUCUUAUAUAAUUCUUACUUUCAGCAUAUUUGAAAACACCUGUGCUUAAAACAGCGACGUGGUGCGUUGGAAAACGUCAUGCAAAGAUACUGAUUUUUGCAAAGCAUUUCGCUGAAUACCAGAAACAUUCAGAAAGAAGCAAACAUUCCCAGAUCAACCUGGCUGGGCUUUUUCUCUCAGGUUUUUUUUUAAUUGUGGGAAAAUUCAUAUAACAUGUAGUUGACCAUCUUAGCCAUUUCUAAGGUGGAGGAUUGAGGGGUGAAAAAUGCCUUUGUGGGGCUCUGCAGCCAUGCCCACCAUCCACGUCCAAAACUCAUAAAUCGGAAGCCUCGUCCCCCUGAAACACCAUCUCCUCACCACCUCCCCAGCCCCUGGCGCCCAACGUUCUGCUUUUCGGAUGUGACCCUCUAAAGACCUCCUAUGACUGGAAUCAUGCAGAAUUGGAUGUGUGUCUGGCUGGUGUCACUCAGCACCAUGGUCUGCAGCUCCAUCCACACUACAGCUUUGCUGAGGCACCACUGACAUGCUGCAGAAUUCACCCAGGUUACGUGUGCGUCCAGUGAGCCUCCACACAUUUGUCCAGGUGUUCCAGCACCCCUACGGUGCAGCUCUAGGAUAUUCCCAUCACCCCAGAAGGAUGGCUGAUGACUCUUUGCCCCCAUAUGCACAGCCAGCCCCAGGCAAGCCCGUGGGCUCUCUGCCAGCCCAGAUUUGUCUUUUCUGCUCGUGUGACCCGUGCGAUGCUGCAUCUGCUGGCUUUUCCUCACCAUGAUGUUUACGGGGUUUGUCUCUAUUCCUUCGUCUGGGCUCCCGUGGCUGCAUGGCUCCGGGUGUCUAUCACGCCCCAGGGAACCUCAUUCCUACAUCAUCCUGGUGGUCUCUCUAUUGUACGGCUGCUGGUGUCAGGUGCCCUCGCAGAGCACGCCAACCUCCCACAGUAUGAGGACCCCUUUAUCGCAGUACAAUGGGGCUAGUGCUGGGUCUAUUUGCUAGAGGGGUAAACCGAGGCACACAGAGGUGGACAGAUGCACCUGGGGGCUGGGAGAGCCGAGAUGUGAACUUGGCGGCUGUCCCAGACCAUGGCCCCACGCCCGUGGGAGCCCACGGUUCGCCCAUAAUUCCUGCCUGAAAUCCAGGGCUAAGUCCCCAGUUGAAAGCGUUCCCACCAUUUCUUCCCUGGGGUCCUGGUGCAUGCCACUGAAUUGCUUUCCGGUUAUAAAGGGAGAACCACCAAAACAGCAGCCUGCUCCCCUCCCAGCCGGCAAUCCUGAGAAAGAAGGAAGCUAGAACGUGUAUGGAAGAUGAACCCCCGCUGGGUGUACUGGGGACACUGACCUUGCACCUUCCUAGUAAGCCUCCAUCUCAGGGACCCUCCGUGCUAUUCUGGUAACCUCCCUGCAAAUCUAAAACCAUUGCACAAUAAACCGUCUACUUUUUCAAAAAA